AUGAGGACCAUGUCCCCUGACUAUGACUCUCUGGCAGAUUCCAGUGUUGGAUCUCUCCUCCCCUCAGGACUCCAGUUGUUCACCUCGCCUCCCAUCAUGACUCCAGUGGAGGACUCUUCUCCCCUCAUGACUCCAGUGGAGGACUCUCCUCCCCUCAGGACUCCAGUGGUGGACCUCUCCUCCCCUCAUGACUCUAGUGUGGUGGACCUCUCCUCUCCUCAGGACUCCAGUGAUGGACCUCUCCUCCUCUCAGAACUCCAGUGGUGGACCUCUCCUCUCCUCAGGACUCCAGUGGUGGACUCUCCUCCCCUCAGGACUCCAGUGGUGGACCUCACCACCCCUCAGGACUCCAGUAGUGGACCUCUCCUCCUCUCAGAACUCCAGUGGUGGACCUCUCCUCCCCUCAGGACUCCAGUAGUGGACCUCUCCUCCUCUCAGAACUCCAAUGGUGGUGGAGCUGGAGAGCACCAGACUGGUGAUUUGGUACCCAGACCGGUAGGUCCUCUCCUCAUAGGACCAACCUCCAACCUAGACCUCAACACCUCCUCAGCCUCCCAGUACGCCGCCACAGGGCCCAGGAGGAUGGCUCCCAUUAAUGGUGAUGAGUGUUUCUUCUGGAGGACCACUGGCUGCCUGAAUGACUACCCAGACUACCCUGACCACCCAGACUACCCUGACCACCCUGACCACCCAGACCACCCAGACUACCCAGACCACCCUGACCACCCUGAACACCCAGACUACCCUGACUACCCAGACCACCCAGACUACCCUGACCACCCAGACCACCCAGACUACCCUGACCACCCUGACCCACUGACCACCCUGAACACCACGCACCGGAUUCUGGGUCAGAAUAGCAGCAUUGUGACCUACACCAAGAAUAGUAUCUGUACCUUGAAGGGGUCAACAGUGGAUGUGUCCUGCUCUUACACAUAUCCCAGAGGUCAAACAGUCACAACAACCACAUGGUAUAAAUGGAAUAGUUUGACCUGGACUCAAAUCCAAGAUAAAUAUGAGGAUCGUAUAGAGUACCGGGGGAAUAAGGAGAAUGACUGCACCCUGAGAAUCACAGACCUGAGAGAGGAGGAUUCAGCAUCAUAUUACUUCGCAUUUACAACAGGCUCAAGGACAUCUGGCUCAGAUGUCACUCUCUCUGUCACAGAUCUAAAGGUGACUGGGGGAAUGUGGACAAGAGGGGAGUAUUGGACGACACUGACCUGUAGCACCACCUGUACUCUGACUGACAACCCCACCUACAUCUGGUACAAGAACGGACACAAAGUAAAGGAGGACACUUCCAGCCUGGACUCAGACUCCUUUAGUGAUGCAGACAGUUACUCCUGUGCUGUAAAAGGCCAUGAGGAUCUCCUCUCUCCUGCAGUGUUUGUCCAGGGUCAGAGCUGCAACAGAGUGACUUACACCAAGAGGAGAAUCUGUGUCUUGAAGGGGUCAACAGUGGACAUAUCAUGUACUUAUUUCAGUCUUUAUAACAUCACAUCAUCACUCUGGUUUAGUCCAAAACAGAGUGACAGCUGGAGGGAUGAGUUGAUCCCUGAGGACCUAACCACAGACCCAGGGUAUGCAGGUCGUGUGGAGUAUGUUGGAGAGAAGGAGAGAGGUCACUCCACCCUGAGAAUCACAGAUCUGAGAGAGGAGGACUCUGCUGAGUACAAGUUCAUAUUCAACACACAAACCUCAGGAUGGGGGUACAGCUUCCCUGGAACAACUCUGACUGUCACAGACCUGCAGGUGAAGGUGACUCCUGCCACAGAGGCAGGGAAGAGGACACUGACCUGUAUCACCACCUGUACUCUGACUGACAACUCCACCUACAUCUGGUACAAGAAUGGACACAAAGUAAAGGAGGACACUUCCAGACUGGACUCAGACUCCUUUAGUGAUGCAGACAGUUACUCCUGUGCUGUAAAAGGCCAUGAGGAUCUCCACUCUCCUGCAGAGUUUGUUGUUGACAGUACAUUUUCAAUGGACUCCCCCAUGAGUGUCUUUCAGAGCCCACUGGUCAAGUGUUGGAGUGUGACUUACACCCAUCAGAAUAUCCGUGCCUUGAAGGGGUCAACAGUGGACAUAUCCUGCUCUUACACAUGUCCCAGUUACCAUGAGAUCAAACAAGCUUUCUGGUUUACUAAAUGGUCUGGUAUGGAGGCUGAAGAUCUGAGCUCAGUGCCAGGGUAUGAAGUCAGCAGUGAGGAUACAGGCAGAUACUCCUGUGCUGUAGAAGGACAUGAGGAUCUCCCCUCUGCUGAAGAGACUCUCACUGUCACAUAUGGAACAAAGAACACCUCAGUAUCAGUCAGUCCCUCUGGUGACAUAGUGGAGGGCAGUUCAGUGACUCUGACCUGCAGCAGUGAUGCCAACCCACCCGUGGACAAAUACACCUGGUACAAGAAGAACGUAACCUCACCAAAAGCAUCAGGACAGAGUUACAGCAUCACUAUCAUCAGCUCUGAGGACAGAGGAGAAUAUUACUGUGAAGCUAGAAACAUUAGAGGGACAGAGACUUCCAUCCCUGUCCAUAUUAAUGUCAUCUGUAAGUAUGUCAUGUUCUGUCUAUUUCUGGUGCUCUGUGAGAUGACAGAUUUGACAGGUAUGAAAUAUAAACACAUGUACACAUGGAUUGUACAUUGUAUAUCUGUGGUAGUAGAGUGUGUGGGGAGAGAGAGUAUCAGAGUUCGACAAGAGAGAUUAUAUGCCUCUGUCAACUUCAAGACUCCCAACAUGUCCACUUGCACCUUUGAGAGGCUAAAGAUGUCAGGUCAUAUCCAGAGUCUGCAGGUCGUGCAGUACAAUAGGAACACAGAGAACCACCACACCAUGACAAUAACACACCUGACAGAGAAGGACUCGGCUGAAUACAAAUUCAGAAUAAUAACAACAGAAGAGGGGAGAUUUUCUGGUCUUCCUGGUGUGAUGUUGACUGUCACAGAUAUCCUGUUGGAGAUGGAUCCUACGUCUGUGUCAGAGGGGGAGAGAGUCACACUGAGAUGUAGAACCAAAUGUACAGUCAGUCUCAACCCCACCUACAUCUGGUACAUGAACGGACAAAGUCUGACCAACCCAAUCACCAGUUAUAACAGCCUGAUCCUAGACCCAGUCACCAGUUAUAACAGCCUGAUCCUAGACCCAGUCAGCAGUGAGGAUGCAGGGAACUACUCCUGUGCUGUAGAAGGAUUAGAGAGAAUCCUCUCUCCAGAAGAGUCUCUCACUGUCAGAUAUGGUCCAAGGAACACCUCAGUGUCAGUCAGUCCCUCUGGUGAAAUAGUGGAGGGCAGUUCAGUGACUUUGACCUGCAGCAGUGAUGCCAACCCACCUGUGGACAAAUACACCUGGUACAAGAAGAACGUAGCCUCACCAAAAGCAUCAGGACAGAGUUACAUCAUCACUAACAUCAUCUCUGAGGACAGAGGAGAAUAUUACUGUGAGGCUGAGAAUAAAUAUGGACGUCUCAACUCUUCUUCUGUGCCUGUGGACGUUCAGUAUGGCCCAAAGAACACCUCAGUAUCAGUCAGUCCCUCUGGUGAAAUAGUGGAGGGCAGUUCAGUGACUCUGACCUGCAGCAGUGAUGCCAACCCACCUGUGGACAAAUACACCUGGUACAAGAAGAACGUAACCUCACCAAAAGCAUCAGGACAGAGUUACAGCAUCACUAACAUCAUCUCUGAGGACAGAGGAGAAUAUUACUGUGAGGCCCAGAAUGGAAGAGGAUCUAUGAACUCUACAGCUCUGAUGAUCAUUGUAGCAGGGAAACAGACCUCAGUUCUGACUGCAGCUGUAGGAAUCAUAGUGGUUGUUCUGGUUCUCAUCCUCUGUUUCUCUGGAUUCAUGUGGUUCAGGAGAUCCACAGGAGGAAGUGAUGCCACAGCAGACACACAGAGUGUCCGUCCUGACUGUAACAGUGACACGUACACAGCUCUGAACAUGAGGACCAUGUCCCCUGACUACGACACUCUGAUAAGUGUCCAUCCUGACCCUAACAGUGAUACGUACACACCUCUGAACAUAAAGACCAGGUCAACAGAGUAUGACACCCUGGCAAGUAUCACCACAGAACCUGGACUGAAGAGAAGCACCACAGAACCUGGACUGAAGAGAACAAUCACAGAUCCUGGACUGAAGAGAAGCAUCACAGAACCUCGAUGGAAGAGAACCAUCACAGAUCCUGGACUGAAGAGAAGCACCAUAGAUCCUGGACUGAAGAGAACCAUCACAGAUCCUGGACUGAAGAGAACCAUCACAGAUCCUGGACUGAAGAGAACCAUCACACAUCCUGGACUGAAGAGAACCACCACAGAUCCUGGACUGAAGAGAACCACCAACAUUGAACCUGGACUGAAAAUGAUCACCACACAACCUGGACUGAAGAUUCCAAUACAAAACGAGUUAAACAGUGUUUCCUCCGACACAUUGGUGCCUGCUGUUUGUCCUCCUGUCCAAGGGGUGGAGCUGGAGAGCACCAGGCUGGUGAUCAGGUACCCAGACCGCUGGAUGCAGAGAACCCCUCACUCUCCUCAGAAGACCAACCCUAUAGGCCUCAACACCUCCUCAGCCUCCCAGUACGCCUCCACAUGGGUCAACAGUGGACAUAUUUGGGAUUUUACACAUCCCAGUUGGCAUAACGUCACAGAAGUGUCCUGGUUCAACAAAUGGGAGUCUGGUGUCAAUAAAGACCUGAGCCUGAACCCAGAAUACUUCUUCUCUGAGCUGAUGGUCAAGGGUGUGUACACCAGUAGAGGCAUCUGUUCCUUGAUACCAUCAGUGGACCUGCCCCUGCACUACCAUAUAUCCCACAGUCACCAGAACAGCCUGAUCCCUAGACCCAUCACCAGUUAUCUGAUCCUAGAAGUCACAAUCACAAUCACCAGUUAUAACAGCCUGAUCCUAGACCCAGUCACCAGUUAUAACAGCCUGAUCCUAGACCCAGUCACCAGUUAUAACAGCCUGAUCCUAGACCCAGUCACCAGUUAUAACAGCCUGAUCCUAGACCCAGUCACCAGUUAUAACAGCCUGAUCCUAGACCCAGUCAGCAGUGAGGAUGCAGGGAACUACUCCUGUGCUGUAGAAGGAUUAGAGAGAAUCCUCUCUCCAGAAGAGUCUCUCACUGUCAGAUAUGGUCCAAGGAACACCUCAGUGUCAGUCAGUCCCUCUGGUGAAAUAGUGGAGGGCAGUUCAGUGACUUUGACCUGCAGCAGUGAUGCCAACCCACCUGUGGACAAAUACACCUGGUACAAGAAGAACGUAGCCUCACCAAAAGCAUCAGGACAGAGUUACAUCAUCACUAACAUCAUCUCUGAGGACAGAGGAGAAUAUUACUGUGAGGCCCAGAAUGGAAGAGGAUCUAUGAACUCUACAGCUCUGAUGAUCAUUGUAGCAGGGAAACAGACCUCAGUUCUGACUGCAGCUGUAGGAAUCAUAGUGGUUGUUCUGAUUCUCAUCCUCUGUCUCUCUGGACUCAUGUGGUUCAGGAGAUUCACAGGAGGAAGUGAUCCUUCAACAGACACACAGAGUGUCCAUCCUGACUGUAACAGUGACACGUACACAGCUCUGAACAUGAGGACCAGGUCACCAGAGUAUGACACCCUGGCAAAUGUGAGGGGAAUCUCCCACUGAAGAGAAGCACCACAGAACCUGGACUGAAGAGAACCACCACAGAUCCUGGACUGAAGAGAACCACCGACAUUGAACCUGGACUGAAAAUGAUCACCACACAACCUGGACUGAAGGUUCCUAUACAAAACGAGGCCUUACACCUCUAUUCUAUUGCUGCCAUAUCUAGAAGUUUUUACACACCAUGAACUUUAACUUUUCAGUAAAUACUGGAAUAUAUAUUUUGGAAUGGAAUAUAUUGAUGAUAAAUGAGAUGUGUUAUAUUGUUUUAAUGUAAAUAGCCACAUUUUCUUGUGUACCAAUCUGUUAACUAUCUUUAGUUUUAUUUCUGAUCUUUUUCUAUGGGAUUUUGUCAUAUACAGAUGUUUUAUAACAUCAAUAGUCCUACUUUCCUCAGCAACUAAUGUGGAUCAUAUUGAAAACAGCUUUUUAAUAUUUUUAGCUCUUGGGCCAAGUUUCUCCAGAUGUGUUUCAUGAUGAUUGACUUUGUAUUGCUGUCAGAUAUUAUUACUCAUUUUAUAUUAUGUAAUAACAUAUUUUUCCUUGUCAUGAUAUAUUUUUUAUUUUAAAAUAAAUGUAAUCAGUCCAUUAUUAUAAUUUCCAACAUUUUGGUAGGCUAUUUGUUAGUCAACUUGUCAAUCAUUUCUAAAUACAUGCAGUGACGACACAUCAUUCAAGGCAGCUGAGGCAGAGCUAAAUCUGUUUUCAGCCUCAUGGUUAGCUUUUUUUGUUGCUUGUUUUGCAUAUUUUGAAAUUAAUAUGUGACAUAUCAGUUUGCAAAUGAAGUUAAGAAAUAAAUAAAGCAUUGAGUUAAUAAAGUCGCAUAGAAACA